UAAAGCCAAAAUCUAUUUGGCAUAAGAAAAUGGAGAGAGAGAAAGAGAGAAAGAGAGAGAAUACCAUAAAGAGAAAGAAUGGUCCCACACAAGCCACUGAGCAGAGCUCAUCGGCCUCAGGCCUCUCCUCUCCAAAAGAGAGAGAGAAAGAAUUUAUCUUUCUAAUGGGUUCUCUUCCUUCUCUUUACCCGCUGAUCUGAUUCCUUUUCUUUUUUCUCUCCUUUUUCUUUUCCCUACCCUUCCCUUCCCUUCUCUUAUAUAAUAUUCCCUCUUUGACUUAACUUGUCUCUCUUUCUAUAGAUAUUAUCAUUUGCUUUCUCCUUCUUCCUCUUCUUCUGGGUUUAUAAAGAAAGAGCACCAGUUGUAUUGUUUCUGGGUUUUCUUGCCUCUUGUCGAUGGUUUGAGAAGAAACAUGUUUGAAUUGACUUCAGCAAGUCUGACCUUUGUCUUGUAGCGAAUAGCGAUCAAGGAAUUGCCAGAAUAGGCAGAGAUAAUGCUUAUAGGGGAACCAAAUCAUGCUUUUUCACACUAUAGCAGGGUGCUAUCGGAAUUCAUAACUAAUUGCAUUGUCCAAACUAUGGGCAUAGUUGUUGGUCAUUUAACACCUAACUAGUAAGUUGGUAAAAGGCAGCAUAGUGAAAAUACAACUUGUUGAGGAAAUGCAAGGAAGAGGAGGUGGUUUCAAUGGCUAAGCACUUGAGAUUGCUCCUGCAUUUGAAAUUGAAGUCUAUGUAUAAAUAGCUUCUCUGGCUUGCUAUUUUGCCAGCAACAUUAAGCUUUUCUGGAAUGGAGAAUCAAUUACUGGGAAAAAUCCUUGUGAAACUUGUGGAUUUAAGGAUGCCAGAUGUGAUCUAAUCUGAUGCACUUGUUCAAUUGUAGUAUAGAGAAAAUGAUGAUGCAAGGAGAAUUUGAUAUAAAUCCAGUUCAAAUAUAUACAGAUUCACUUAAAGAAGUUUUAAAGCAGACAAUGAUCAAUCAGGAUGUUGUAUUCAGAAAUCAGGUCCAUGAACUCCAUCGGCUAUACAGUGUACAAGAAUCUCUAAUGAAGGAUUAUGGUUGGAAAGAGUGUAAUGGAUACUGUUCAUGGAAUCCAAAAGCUCAAUCAUCUCUACUUCCUCUUACAAAUCAUACAAGAUACAAAUCACCGGCAAAACAAACCAGAUUCUUAACUACCGAGGUGGAUUCAACUCCUCUUCUAAGCCAAGAGGUGUUCAAGGAUUGUGAAGAUGCAUAUUACAAGCUUCAGCAUAGAUCUCUUGAUCUUCAACUUUCUGCUGAUGAAUUCAUUAACAAUGGUGAGGAGAAUAUUCCAAUGAAAGGGAAUGUUCAAAAUUCUUUAGAAGGCCCUGUAGACUUUAAGCUUCCAAUUUUGGGUGAUAACUCUCCAAAUGCAGAGGAAUUGAAGCUUUCCCUUAGCACUGGAGUGGAUAAUAGAACAGUAGGACAUACAACGAGAACAUGUUUCACUAAGAAAUCUUUUUCCUGCUCUCAAAAUGUGAUUGAUUUAGAAGAAUUGAAAGAAAGGAUACUAGAUAGAUAUGUAAAAUGCCCACCACCUCUUGGCCGUGCAUGUCUAGAAGUUCAUUCUAAAGGAAAGCAUGACUCACAAACUUCUGACUUCCCUGGUCCAGACAUUUCAAUCAGUAUAAAGAAAGAUCUUUCUCAUGAGAUUGCAGAAAGUAGCUCUAUUCAAGAAUACAGUGAAUGUUAUCAAGAGCAAACCUUUUCUAACGAGGGAAAUAGAGAGUGCCAUGAUGAUGUCCCAUCUAAUGAUCAUUUCACUGAAAUGCAACAGUUUACUUUAUAUCGAGGCCAGCAGUUUGACCUUAACAAAGUUCAUCUGGAUGAUGACUCUUGUUGCUCAGACGAUCAUAUGCUUGUCUACCCUUCCACAGCAAGCUCAAAAGGCAAUUCUCAUGGACUUGCAGGCAGCAUGCACGAUGGAACUUGUCCAACUGCGUUUCAGGGAAACAAAGUAAAUCAGUUCUCAAAUGGAGUUUCUGCAAUGCUAAAACAAGAUAAUAUUGUAAAUCUUGCUCUUGCAAAUUCCAACCGAGAAAAUAAGUCCGCAGACAAUUGGACCAGAAAUACUGGAAUAAUUAGUAGUCCAGAGUCCAUUAUUAGGACCGCAGUAGACAUUUCUGAAGAUCUUGGUUGCUGCAGUGGUCACAAAAAUGGUAUUGAUGAGCUGAAGUCAAAACUUGCUAGGGAAGUGAGUAGUGAGAAAAGUGAGAUAGAAAAUGCUCUUUUUUCAUGUAAUGAUCAAAGCCAAAAUACAUGUCAAGAUGGACAUGGCAAUAAGUCACCCUCCUCUUGCAAGUCCUACUGCAUCUCUGAUAAUGAUUCAAGCAGUGCAAAGACAAAGUAUUCUGGCAUCACAUCAGGUGUUUUGAAAACCCAAUUAGGAUCUCAAGUUGGUGAUGUGAUAAGUGGAGAGCAUGAUCAAAAAACAUGUGACGGCAUUGACAUUAAAAAUGACUGCUACACCAAGAAAGAAGAAUCAGCUAAUGUAGAUGUUUUGAUAAAAGAAGCAGCUGAAAUGCUCAUACAGAUAUCUGCAAAGUGUUCGGCUAGUCAUCAAUAUUUGUAUGCAAAAGUGGGAUCCAAGCAGAUGGAAGAUGACAAGAGAGAGCAAACACAAUGUUCUUGUGAUUCUUUUGAGUUAAUGACUUUAAACCUAACAGAAAGCAAUCUGGAUGACAAUUCUGUGUCAUCGAAGCCAAUUGAAGUGGAUGACAUAGAGACGAAGGAUUUUGGAUUUAAGUUUAGACGGGGGCGGAGAAUGAAAGAUUUCCAGAAGGAGAUCCUCCCCAGUCUUGCAUCUCUUUCUAGACAUGAAAUUCUUGAAGAUAUAAACAUUAUGGAGGGAGUUCUAAGAUCCCGUGAAUACCGAAAAAUGAGAGCCAAAAUGGCAGCACAUGUUGACAACUGGGUUGCACCAGUGAGAAGUAGACGGUCAAGAACUAGUUAUGCUGGAAGAAGAAAUUUUUCAUGAAUAGUUCAAUUAGAAGUUGAUAAUAGCAUUAUAACCGAACUUAAACCCACUCUUGGUUCAACAUACCAUCACUACAUAGUGGUUGGUAUCCCCAGAUUUAGAAAUUACAGUCAAUUACUUUCAGAAAGAUCAUUGGUUAUUUUGUUUUCAUUCUUGCAAGAGCAAUCUUUCUUCCGA